AUGGUGUAAAUCUUUGUAUAAAUAAGAAAGUACUUGGAAAUGGAGAAUAUGCCGGGAUCGUUCGGUACGGGCAUCAGUUUCGCUCUCCGUUCUGGCCAGAUCUUCUUAUCUUCCACUUUGCUCAUCUACAUGUGCUUGCAUUACGAUUCCUAUGACUUCACUACCUUCUGCUUUUUGAUGACUCUGAUGGCUUUUGUAACUCCAUGGAGCAUCUUACUCGCACUGGCCGAUGCAUACUCUCUCUUACUGGAACAGCUUCCUCAUAAACCUAGCGUUCUAUCCAUAGUUCUCGCCGGUGAUGUCGUACUAUCUUUUCUUUCUCUGGGUGGGGCUUGUGGUGUAGCCAGUGCUACCGAACUGCUUUUGUCUACAGGUGCACAGAUUUGCGGCGAUAACUUCUGUAGCCAAUACCGAGCCACAGCUACAUUGGUCUUCUUGUGUUGGCUUCUGCUACUUGCUUCAGCUCUUUUCAAUCUUUGGAGUUUAUUAUAUGUUAUGUGAAGCUUAUCAAAUCUCAAAAGAACGUCUUGCUCUCCAAGCGUCUUUGUGAUGGCCUUUGUAUUGACAUGCUUACUUUAUAUAUGAGAAUCAUAAUAAUCAU